UACCAUUUCUAGAGUGCCUAGCUAAGAGAAAGGAAAACGGACAUUUUAGUACAUCUUUAUUCAUGAAGAAAAGCCACUCUGACAACAAAUAUUUAGACUUCAAAUCAUCACACCCCAUCAGCUCAAAGAUUUUAGUUGUCCCAAGUCUUCUUAGACGAGCACACUCUCUGAUAACGGAUGAGCAAGAAAAAGAAGAAGAAAUAUCAAACAUUACUGAAACUCUCAAGCAACACAGCUACCCCAAGAACUUUAUCAACAAAAUCAACCCUGACAUUAAGUAUGUUCACAAAUGUAUUCCGAAAACAUGGACUUCAACAGUUGUCAUUCCAUAUAGAUGGAUCAGAAACGUCAGACGAUGCGAGAAGAGUACUCAGAAAGAUUGACUUUGGAGUUUUCCUCAAGGCAUCAAACAUAAUGCAAAGCAACCUUUUCUAUGUAAAAGACCAUAUCGAAAAAGAUUCUCUAUCAAAUUAUGUCCAGAAAAUAAAAUGCUUGCAAUGUGAUGCUAUAUACAUCGGACAAAUAUCGCGAAAAAUCAAAAUCAGAAGAAGUGAACACUGUUCAGGAUCUGUUCGACCACGGAGAAAUCAAGUUGAACUAAAAAAGCUUCAAAAAUCCUCAGCCAUAUGUGGUAUUCUACACGCUACAGAAUCAGGCCACAAAAUUGACUUUGACAACAUUGAAAUCACCAUCCAUAAAAAGCGUUUCAGAAAUCUUGAAGAAGGUCUGAUAUCAUCAAAAACAUUUCAUAUCAAGUUUUAUUCAAAUUGUCUGGUGAAUAGGAAUGAUGGGCUAAAACAGAAUGCGACCAGGUUAUAACACCCACCUUCCCCACUCCAGCAAAUGACGUA